CCAAUAUUUGAGAGAUCUGGAUUUGUUUAGAUUCUGCUUCGCAUCAACCUCACUUGGUUGGAGAAGAGUCAUCCUGGACAAAUUAAUUCUCAAUUUGCCAAGGUCAACUGAUUCUUCAUCUCUCAACCAAUGAACUGAUAUAUCCAAUUUAAGAAGUCCUCGUUGCCAAGGGUCUGAUCUAACAUCGGAGAAAGUCUCCAAACACCCCGUAGUGUUUUCUGCCGAGGUCAGAAUCCCACCCCGCCCGCGCAAUAUGCUUACCGAGAAUUUCGCACCACUUUUGCUCUUCUAUCAGAGUAAAUCAAAGGUAAUCGACCACCGCAUUAUGUUUUCUGCGAUGUCGAUCUCCUCUGCCGAGCGAUGAGAAUCCCGCACCGGCAGCUCAGUAUCGCUGCCCACCAGGGAUUCGGACGCCAGUUUUGCUCAGGUGCGUCCGCUGUCGAAUCUCACGCCUUCUCACUGCUUGAGAAGUGCGCCAGCCUCUCCCACCUUCAGCAGAUCCACGCCUUUCUCAUCACCAGCGGUCUCGGCCGGACCCAGUUCCUCGUCUUCAAACUCAUCCGGCUCUGCACACUUGCUCUGUCCAAUUUGAGCUACGCCCGCCGGAUCUUCGACGGGUUGGAGAACCCCAACGUCUAUAUAUGGACCGCCAUGAUCACCGCCUACGCUCAGGAGAGCCACGCGCCGGAUUGCCGCGUUGCUUUUAUUCUUUACACUCGUAUGCAUCGGAAAGACGCAUACCCACGUUCUGAAAUCUGGGUUUCAUGGCUAUACUGUGGUGCAGACCGCCUUGGUUGACGCUUAUGCGAAGUGCGGGGAGGUUGAGAUGGCGCGCCAACUGUUUGAUGAAAUGUCUGAAAGGAAUGUGAUCUCAUGGACUGCGAUGGUUUUUGGAUACACAAAAUUUGGGAGAAUGGGUGAAGCUGUUCUAUUGUUUGAUAAUAUGCCGGUGAGGGAUCCGCCGUCUUGGAAUGCCAUGAUCGCGGGUUUUGCGCAGAAUGGUAUGUUCGGGGACGCCGUGUCGAUGUUUAGGAGGAUGGUGGUCGAGGGCUAUAGACCGAAUGAGACCACCGUGGUGUGUACACUGUCAGCAUGUGGUCAUCUGGGGACUCUGCAGAUUGGGGAAUGGGUUCAUGGUUUUGUUCACAAGAGCGGCAUCGGCAGCAGUUGUUUUGUGGGCAAUGCGCUUAUAGACAUGUAUGGCAAGUGUGGGAGUUUGAAAGAGGCUCGCAGCGUCUUUGAUUUCUUGAGCCUAAGAAGCAUAGCAUCUUGGAACUCGCUUGUUAAUGGACUUGCACUUCAUGGGUACAGCAGUGACGCCAUUGCUGUGUUUAGAGAGAUGCUGCAGACAGGGGCCAAGCCAGACGAGAUAACAUUUGUUGGGGUGCUGAAUGCUUGUGUUCAUGGAGGAAUGGUUAAUGAAGGGUGGGAAUUCUUUUUGAGUAUAAACAGGGAUUAUGGGAUUAAGCUCCAGAUUCAACACUAUGGCUGCAUAGUGGAUCUACUUGGCCGUGCUGGUAAACUCGAAGAAGCAGUGGAGGUAAUAAAGAAUAUGGAGGUGGAACCAGAUGAAGUGGUGUGGGGUGCAUUGUUGAGUGGCUGCAGAGUUCAUGGAAACCGGAGCUUGGCUGAUUACUCUGCAACCCAGUUGCUUGACCUUGAUCCCCAAAAUGCAGCGUAUCUUUUGCUGCUCGCUAACAUGUAUAGUGAAUCUGGGAGGUGGGAAGAUGUUGGGAAGACCAGGAAAAUGAUUCGGGAGAGAGGUGUGCUGAAAACUCCAGGUUGCAGUUGGAUUGAAAUUGAAAACAUAGUUCAUGAGUUCUACUCUGCAGAUAAGCAGCAUCCACAGGCUGGCGAAAUCUGCGAGGCAUUGGAAAGUUUGCUUCUGUUCUCAAAGGAUCUCGGCAAUUACAUCGACAUGAAUUCAUUGAAUUGUGAUUCAACUUGAUGCAUGCCAACCAUAUGUUUUAUACCCUUUAACAGGAUGAAGCUCCUUUCUUCAUCCCCAUGACCCUCUAGAAGAAAUGGGGAAUUCCAGCGGAUUUGCACAGAAUUGUGGAUGUGUUAUACGCUUCUUUUAUGGGGACAUCGUUUGGCAUCCUCGCAUUUUUGGUGGAGUCUAUUACAAUCGAUUGAUCCACUAUCCGCUUUUAGUAUCAGAAGCAUGUCCGAAUGGGUCCAUUAGUUGAAGCUUGCACCGGAAAACGUUGCCCAACGUCAAUCGUCAUGGAGCCAGCGCUCGCUGUUUCUCUUUGGUUCUGAAGUAGAUCAGCUGAUCUAUCAGAUGACCAUCAGUUUGUAAUGUAUCACAGUGGCCGUCUAAAUCCAGCCUAGGGAGCUCCAUCACCCUGGCUACAAUGCUGAGCGAACUUAAAAGUAUUCAAGUUGAAGGUGGUCAAGAAUUUGAUUUUUGGAAUACAUUUCUUGGCAAGAAUUAGAUCAUUUUCCUUUUCA